AUGACUGAAAUUUUUUCAAAUAUUCCCGAAAAUAAUGAAAAUGAAGAUGAGGAAGAAGAAGAAGAAAAUGAUGAAGUAGAUGAAGAUGAAAAUGUAUCUGAAAAUGCUUAAAAAUACCAUAAUAAUAAUUUUGAUGGAAGAAAUGCUAGAUACUCCCAAUGA